UUAAACCGUACCGUGAAUAUUUGCAAGCCAUACUCUCAUAUGGGAAACGCCAAUUCAAACCAAAUUUCUAGCAUGCCAAAUUGCAAGAAUGACCCAGACCAACUGAGUAUCUCUCAGGCAGCCAUGCAAAACUCGACACACUUUACUCUGGAAGAGAUUAAGCGUCUAAAGCAUGCUUUUUCCAAAUACGCCGACGAAAAUCAUACCAUUGAUAAAGCCGAUUUUAAAAGAGCACUCGAGAAUCAUGUAAAUGCUUGGUCAGCGGGAGCGCAGUACCUGUUUCUUGAAAGAUUAUUUGAUGCAUUUGAUAUGGACGGAAAUCAUCACAUUGAUUUUCACGAGUUUAUCAAUGGUCUUAGCGUAUUUUUCAAAGGCACGGACGAAGAAAAGCAAGAGUUGUCUUUUCGACUCUAUGAUAUUGAUAAAAGUGGAACCAUUGAGCCAAAAGAACUCAUCAAGGUUCUCUCGAAAAUGUAUUCUACCUUUUAUAAUGAGGAUCAGUCUUCCCGAAUCACAGCAAUGGUGCAUCAAAUGUUUGAGGAUCUGGACAUCAAUGGUGACGGGUCGUUGUCGAUUGUCGAGUUUAAACUUAUGGCUCUCAAAGAACCAAUGAUGAUUGAUUUUGUAGAUCAAUUUCUUCGAGCUCCUGCAAAGCAUAAUGCUGGCACAGAUCUUUUAUCGCAGCACUGA